AAACUGAAAACAAAAAUUAAAAUUUCUAAAAUAACCAAUCAAAUCAUUGCAACUGAUUUACCGAACUUAAUAUAUUAAAUUGCUGCCUCUCCCUAGCAAGAAGAGAGAAGCAAGGGAAGGGAUGAAAAAGAAAAGAAGCAGCAUCAAAAUAACGGUCGUGCAAGGGAAUCUGUGAAACAUGUAGCGAAAGCAGAGGGUUGACUGGCCUCACCUCUACGGUCUUUGAAGUCUACCUUAACAGAGAGAUAUAUUGCUUGGUUUCUUUGUCUGUCUGACAUAAAAAGGACCAGUACAUAACAAAUCCAUCAGGGCACUAAAGAAAAAGAGAUGUUCCUGACUGAACUUUACCGUCACGCAAAGAAUUUUCAUUAGUUGCUACCUCAGGUUCUUUGCUAUUUCUCUCUCUCUUUUUUCUCUCAUGUAUGCUUCCCUUCUUUUGCAUUUCAAAAUUCUCCACAAUCUGCAUUGAAUACCACUCGUCUCUUAAAUUCUUAGCUUCUCUCUCGACUCGGCUGGAUUCUCAGAUUGCUCAACAAGUUAAUGGGUAAUUGGACUUUCUAUGAUAGAUUUGAUCUGAUCUCACUAACCCUCCGCACGUUCUUGUUCCUUCUCUAUUUAUUUUUGCUUUAUAUUUCAGGUUUAUGUAAUACUUGCUGGUAAUCUGUCCAUAAUAAUAAAAUAUGUAUUAUGCUUGUUCUCUUUUUUGCAGUUUCCUUGCUUGCUUAUGUUCUAUAUUCUAUAUCCCGGUUCCACUUUCCUUAGAUGCGUGAAUCUGUGUCCAUUUCCUUCUGUAAAUAGUAAGGCCUAAUAUUUUAGCAUUUUUAAGCUAAGUUUUCAACUUGCUCUUCUUCUUCCUUACUUUGCUCGUCUUUAUUUGCAUCUCCUUCUCAACUUUGACUAUCACUGCAAAUUUGCUCCUUUUUUUUUUUGGCUCAAAUUGUACAUCAAGGUCUGUUUCCUAAUGUUAUUGAAACUGCUCAAAUAUAUUAAUUAUACGUUAUUAUAAGACAGUCACUCCGUGGUUCAUCCCCUACCCCUUCCGGGUGGGGACAAAUCCUCCUGCCACUCGGAGAUGUGGAUUUCCCUCUCCCACUUCGUGUGGGUGUAAAUAUUCUCUUUUCGAUUUGCAGAUCUAGCUUUAUGGUGAGGGUAUCAAAGGAUCUGCAUUUUUUCUUUUAUGUUCUUGUCUGUGUUUGGUUGUACGUGUCCUUGGUGUUGCGGUUCUUGCAUGCAGGUUUUGGGCACUCGGUGAGUUUUCUCCGCCGAGUGCAGCCAUGUAUCGGAUUAAUGGGUCUACUUUUUCUAUGGCGAGCAUCUUUUGGGACGCUCCCAGUGCUCUUGUCAGCCACCCGGUCUCUCAAUGACUAAAAGAGUUAAAAAGCUCUGUUCGCCGCCCGUAGAUCCUCGUGGCUCGGUUCCUCCCUUCCCCAGCUAUAUGCUUAUGUGUUUUCUGGCUCUUUCAGUAGCCCUUCCUCGUGGAGUUGUUUCUUUAAGGAGAAGUGUCUAGCUGUCGUAUGGCAGUCGACUUCUCUGGAUCAUUCUCCUCACGAAAGUUCAGGUUGUGGCAGCACUUGGUUGUGAUGUUCGGGUUGGCUUAGAUUCUUGUUCCAAUCCUAUCCGUUUUUGUUGGGUCACUAGAGUUUGUGGAGUGUUUUUCUUGUGGGCUAGGCUGCUUUUUAUUAGGCUAAUUGUGGGUGGGUCUGCCUAUAUGUAAUGUGUUUAUCUUGUAUUUGUUGGGCUUCUGCCUUCAUUGAAAUCCAACUUAUUUUCGACAAAAAAAAAAUAAUAAACAAUUAAAUUUGACAGGAUUGAGUAACAAGAACUCUAAAUUAAUAAAAUAUUUUUCUUUUCAACGUUUUUUUCCAGCGACAUUUAAAAUGGUAGUUUUAUUGGAAAGCGCUUUUUUAUCCAAAACCUCAACGCGGGCCUAAAUGUUUAGCCAAAUGAUGCUUUACUGUAUUUUAUGUUUUGUCGUUUGAUUCACAUUUCAUAUUCAUCUUUCCAUGUCUGAUUCUUGACAUACAAAAAGGCCAGACUAGCACUGGUUUCCAAAGGUGUCUUGACUCUUCAGUCUUGUGUUAAUGGGGUAUUUCUCAAAUUAUCUAAUUGUGUAGGUGAGUAGUCUCCAAUAAGAAAUGGAGCAUCCUUAACUCUAUUAUCGUUUCUUGUUCUACUGUUGCAUAACAAUAAAAUGACUUCCAAUAAGUUCUGUUGCUGAACAAUUUCUAGAACUUGUUUUUGCUCACUCUACUCCCACAGUUAUGCAGUGAGAUUUUUUCUUAUUGAAGGCGGUUUUCUUCCUUUGUGUAAAUAUGUCUAAUGAGUGCCUAUGUAUUUGUCUGUUUGCAGAAGGUUUAGCCUCAUACUAUAACAAUAAGGAAUUAUUCAAGGUUGAUCCUACUUGGUUUUAGCCAUAUCAAAAUUAGAGACAAAAGCCUACACUUGGAUUGAUUACAUUUAUAUAUUUGGAGGAAAUGGCCAGUGGAACAAGUGCACAGAUUCGACUUGUCAGAUGUCCUAGAUGUAUGAAGAUCCUUCCUGAGUCUCUAGAUAUUCUUGUCUAUGAGUGUGGUGGCUGUGGCACGCGUCUCCAAGCAAAAGAUCGAAAAGAAAAUGCCAAAAGCAGAACAUCUGGAUUACCUGAAAUUGAUGCUUCAGAGAAGGAUAAAUUGGAUCAUGUUGCUGAUACAAAGGAAGAUUGCAGCUUAAGUUAUGAAACUAGUCUUCAUUCUGGAGCGGAAUGCUCCUCGAACCAAAAUAAUGGGAGGGAUCAGAAUGAAUCCAGCAAUGGCAAUGGUGACAAGCUCUCAGGCUUUUACUUACCAAGUGAAAACGAAAACAAUGUAAGCGACCAAAGUGAAUCUGGGGAGUUUGAUAGUGAGCAGCUCGAAGAUGAAAACUCACCAAAUGAUGACAAAAAAAGUGGGACUGACAAGAAUGAUCCCGGGAUUUGUGACAAUCAACAAGACGGAGGCGUAAACUUAUCAGAUGAGGACCACAACAAUGGGAGUCAUCAAAAUGAAUCUCUGACUUGCAAAAUUGAGCAGCAUGAAAUUUCCAAUGAAGAUUUUUCAUCAAAUGAACUUUGUCAUCUUGAAAAUGGGAAGCUGUCCCAGUCUCCAUUGUCAAGAACAAAUUCAGAAGUUGAUGUUAGUGACGAAAGCUUACUAUCAGCAGCAAAGCAAAAGGUAAAAGCAAAAGCAGAAGCAGAAGCAGAAGCAGAUGCUCACAGUGAGAGUAAUUCUACUUUGAGGAGAUCAACCAAAGGGGUGCCGAUUGAUACGAAGGGAAGUAAUUCAAUUGCCACCGCCCAACAUCCAGCAAAAAAAAAUAUUUCACCUGACAUCUUUUCAUCUUCGCCUUAUGAACUUCUGGAGCACCCUCAGGAUAGUCCUAACCACAGGUUUGACUAUGUAAUGUCUAGAGAUGCUUUUGAAAACUCAGAUUUUAUCGACCCCAGCUCUGAGCUCAGUGGUUCUCUUAUAGAUUUGUCCAAAUCGCCCACAACCAGAAGCUCUCGUGCUUAUUAUGAUGAUUGUGCCUCUUCUUAUGAAGGAACUGAUGAUCAAUUGCCUCAUCGACACAAGCAUUCAUCUAAACAUGCUUGUAGGAUUGCAAACUGUGUUGCUUCUGAUGCGAGGCCUAGAAGGGAAGGAUUCCCAAUCAACACCAGCAAUAACGAUGCACAACAUCAUUUCAGGACUUCUGCAUCAAUUCUGCCUGAAAGGAUGCAUUAUGCCAUAAAAUCCAACAAGUUGGAUCGAGAUGAAUUGCUAGAGCCCAUAAGACAUGGCCAUCCAUGUAGAAACUGGAGAAGAUUAGAGAAAGAUGACUAUCUGUCUCAGCGCCCUUUUCACAGGAGGAACUCUCUGGCUAGCUAUGAAAGUGGCAACCCUUCCAAUCACAAUAAGUUCCAUUCAAGCUUUCCAACGCAAGACAAGCCUUUAUACACGGAGCAGGAGAAGAUGAAACUAUUGAGAAUGUUUUAUGAAUUGCAGGAUCAACUUAAUAAAGCAUCUUUGAAUGAUAAAACAAUCGGAAUGGCGGGGAAAGAUGAUGAUAUUCGCAUGAACCACGGUCAUGAGGUCUUCCAGAAGGAAAGUUUCCAUAACUUAAUCUAUCCCAGGUUUUGUGGAAGACUCGGAGAGGAAAGUAAUUGGCCUCAACAGAAAAAAUACUCACGAGUACCUUUCUCAGCAGAGGUAACAACCAGUAGACACCAAGUUGAUCAUUCCUUCUGCUGCUGUCCCCAAGAGUGGAAGUGCACUACACAAUUUCCUCAACCUGGCCUUCAUCAAUAUAAAGGGUUUCCUAGGGUACACUCUCAUCUUGGCCUUUACAAUUCCUAUGGCUCUUGUCCCUCGAGCCCUCAAAGGCACGUGGAUCCUGAGUUUCCUACAUAUAGCCACGGAACAAAAUCUGAUGACCAGAGGCGUAGAAACCAAGAGUUGAAGAGGUCCUUGAGGGAGAAACAUCACUUGGCUAAGCGACACCUCAGGCCCAUAGCAGGUGGAGCCCCUUUCAUAACUUGUUAUUGUUGCUUAAAACAGCUGCAGCUGCCUGCAGAUUUUCUCCUCUUCAAAAGGAGGUGCCAUCAGCUAAAAUGUGGUGCUUGUUCGAAGGUACUCAAUUUCUCACUUCAAGACAGAAUUCAUCUACUUCCAUAUACACCAAGAACUGAAACACCUCCGCCAAGUGAGGUUGACGAGUAUAGUUAUUCUAUUCUUCGGAGAAACUUUACUUCCACUUCUCACAUCAGUGGUCCCUAUACGGAUUCUGUGUCGUGUUCUGAUGAUUGUAGACUCUCCUCCUACAAAAGUUGCUCCACUGUUAGAGAUCCUGUUCCCCCGAAACCAUUUCAUGCUAUCCAAAAAAACGAAGUUCAAGGAAAUAUGCCACAUGUUUCACCUGAGCAUGGAGAAGAGACAAGGAAGUUUGCUUUGAAUGAAGCUCGAAACAAAGGUAAGAAUCUUGUGCAAACAGAUGAAUCAGCUGGUUCUUCUUCUAGAACGUCCAUAUUAAAGAAAGUAUCAUCAGAAAUUGAAGAGCUGCCAGCAGCAGGAAGAAGAGGAGGGGGGUCACCACUCCAUAGAUUAAUGGGUUAUUCCUCGGCAAGUGAAGUAAUAUAUGGUUAGGGUCCAUCUGUCUCUGCUUACCCAACCAUCAGGAGAUGUAGAGGAACUUAUUAGAGAUAAUCUCGACGAGUGGUUGUUUGUGUUGCUCUCUCUUUCUGGUUUGUUUCAGUUUAAACUGAUUAAAGAAUUUUGUAUGUACAGACAAGUGUUCUACAGAGAAAGUAUGAUUUGUUUAUUUGUAUAGAGUAUUGUUGAAUCCUCUUUAUAAACAGAAUAUUAAAUAUC